AUGAGUCAAAGAGAACCUGCAAUUUCCAAUCUAUCAAGUGCAUUAAGAAAUGUCAACUUAGCCCAAGAACAAAGAAAUCAAUCAAUUCCACAAGGUUCAAUUCAUUCACAAAAUCAACCACCAAAUAUACAAGGUUCUUUAUUAAGUCAAAAUUUAACAUCAAAUUCAGAAUCAAGAAUAACAAAAUUUUUUAAAAAUCAACCAUUAGAAGGUUUUACAUUAUUUAGUCAUAGAUCUGCACCAAAUGGAUUUAAAGUUGCUAUAGUAUUAAGUGAAUUAAAUUUAGAUUAUAAUACAAUUUUCCUUGAUUUUAAUAAUGGUGAACAAAGAGCUCCAGAAUUUGUUUCAAUAAAUCCAAAUGCAAGAGUACCUGCUUUAAUUGAUCAUAAUAAUGAAAACCUAGCAUUAUGGGAAUCAGGUUCAAUUAUUUUAUAUCUUGUAUCAAAAUACCUUAAAGAUUUUGGUGAAUGUUCAUUAUGGACUGAUAAUUUAGGUGAACAAGCACAAAUUACAAGUUGGGUUUUUUUCCAAACAUCAGGACAUGCACCAAUGAUUGGACAAGCUUUACAUUUUAGAUAUUUCCAUUCUCAACAAGUUCCAUCAGCCGUGGAACGUUAUACUGAUGAAGUUAGAAGAGUUUAUGGAGUUGUUGAAAUGGCAUUAGCUGAAAGAAGAGAAGCUUUAAUUAUGGAAUUAGAUACCGAGAAUGCAGCAGCUUAUAGUGCUGGUACUACUCCUUUAUCAACUUCAAGAUUUUUCGAUUAUCCAGUUUGGUUAGUUGGUGAAAGAAUUACUAUAGCAGAUUUAGCAUUUGUACCAUGGAAUAAUGUUGUUGAUAGAAUUGGAAUUGAUAUUAAAAAUGAAUUUCCUGAAGUUUAUAAAUGGACUAAACAUAUGAUGAGACGUCCUUCUGUUAUAAGAGCUUUAAGAGGUGAUCAAUAA